GAGUCAUGUGAUUGGUCAUGAGGAAGUAAACAGGGAAGAAGAGAAGUCAAGGGAGAAGGCGAGUAUUCUUCUGCAUCUCUUGAAUUGAAUAAUCCCUGAAAUUAAAAUAAUUUAGCCAUUUGAGUGAGAUUUGAAAUGGUAAGUUUGAAACAACGUGUUUGUGUGUGUUGUCCUCUGCAGCAUCAUGGCUUUGGAGAGCAGCAAACAGGCUCCGUGCUAACAUUUGACAGAGAUUAGGGAUCGCAUGACCAGGUAAUACACUUUCAAAAGCUUUAUGAGACAAAAUAAAUACGAUUCUACUGAAUUACACACAAAUGUUUUUCUAUUUUUUGUGUGAAUUUUAGACAAACAAAAGGUUUGUUAAGGCAUACUGCUCUGACAUUUCGUUGCUCUUUGAGGAAAUGCCAAGAAAUGAAGUAAAACGUGCAAAACUUUCAAAAUCACAGAGUAUCAUAUGUUUGUCAAAUGCAUGUAAUGACAGUGUAAUAAGCUACGUCGAAAACCAUUUUGAGAAUCACAACUAUGAAAGGUCUCAAAACCUUAAAUGUUGUCUCUCUCUGUCUGACUUUUUUUUUUUCAGCUGGACUAUCUCAAAGGUCAGUCUGCUGCACAAACACAGGGUCAGGCUGUGGCCGCUUGUUGCACAUUCCUCCACCACCUCGUCCUCCUGCAGCCAUGGUGGACUUCUUGGCUGAGAACAACCUGUGUGGACAGGCCAUCCUCAGGAUAGUUUCUCGAGGAAACGCCAUCAUUGCUGAGCUCUUGCGCCUCUCAGACUUCAUCCCUGCAGUUUUCAGGCUCAGAGACAAAAGCGACCAGCAGAAAUAUGGAGACAUCAUCUGUGACUUUAGCUACUUUAAGGUGAGGACUCCAUCAGAUCAGAUUAGAACAGUUGUGGCCACAAUUCAACACAUUUUUGAAGGAGAUACAAACAUUUAAUGACUUGAGGGAACUACAGCUACAUGUUUCAUACUGUUUAAUCCAAAGUACUAGCAAAGGAAUGUAGUUUAGUGCCAUUUUUUAUAACUGUACCAGCAUUGGCUUUAAAGAUUUUUUCUGUUUGAUACGUCCAUCCAUCCAUCCAUUUUCUACCGCUUAUUUCCGUUCCUGGGGUCACGGGGGGGCUGGAGCCUAUCCCAGCAUCUUCGGGCGAAGGCAGGGGACACCCUGGACAAGUCGCCAGUUCAUCACGGGGCUGACAUAUAGACAUGAACAACCAUCCAUGCUCACAUUCACACCUUUGAGCAAUUUGAAAGUGGCCAAUUAACCUAACCCCACUUAGGCAUGUUUUUGGGAUGUGGGAGGAAACUGGAGUACCCGGAGUAAACACACGCAGACACAGGGAGAACAUGCAAACUACAUACAGAAAUGCUCUGACCCGAAUUCGAACCCAGGACCUUCUUGCUGUGAGGCGACAGUGCUAACCACUACACCACUGUGCUGCCCUGUUUGAUACAUAAACUUACAAAGAAAGAUUUUCUUAUUAAUUGAGUACCUGUUUAUCGUGGUCUCUUCAUUCAAAGCUGUUUUUAUGUGUUUGUGAAGAUAUGGGUAUUUAUUGAAAAAGCUUUUCUACAGGGUCCUGAGUAUUACGAGGCAAAACUGGAGACCAAACCUGAGCUUCAAGACCUGGAUGAAGAGUUUAGAGAAAACAACAUAGAGAUUCUGUCCAGGUUCUAUCUGGCUUUUGAGAGUGUGCACAAAUACAUAGUGGAUCUGAACAGGUAAGAAAAGGCUUGGUGAGUUUUUUCAGUGUAAAAGUCCCUCAGGGUACAAAGGAUGCCUCAGGAUUCAGGACAUUGAACAUGAGAAAUGUAAAAAUAUCUGUGACCUUGAGCCAUAAAACUUCCUUGUUGUCCAAUUUAAAUUACUAUUAGUUCAUUAUUAAGGACUACUUUGAGAUGUUGUUUAAUACAUUUGUUUUUCUCCUGCAGAUAUUUGGAUGACCUACAUGAGGGUGUUUAUAUUCAGCAGACCCUGGAGACUGUGCUGCUAAAUGAGGAUGGAAAACAGCUUUUGGUAAGUGACACAAAUGCAAAUCAGGUUUAAUUUUGUAACAACAAUGGAUACAAGCUAUCCUGAAAUCUUAUAAAUAACUGUUUGCGAUGAAUUCACGACAGAACAAGUUCUUACAUUUAAUGAUCUGGGGCUCUAUUUUCGUGCCCGCUGGCGGCGUGGCGGAGGGUGGCGCACCCGCAGUUGUAUUUUCAUCUGGCGGAGCCCGGUGCACAGCCAGUUUGGUAUUUUCGCAGACUGAGGCGCACCGAGGUCCGCCAAGCUGGGUGUGGUGGCGCAGCAGGGGGAGGUGUCGACAGAAUCAGCUGGCACAGUGACAUUUUCAUGCUUGCCGGCGGCGUCACCAGUGAGGCUCAAAAAUGGAGCCCAUAGUCUUUUUUUAAUUGAUUGGUUUGUUUUGAGAUUGAUCUUUGAGCUACCUCUUUAAAACGACAAGUUAAAACUAACUGCAUAGGAAGUGCUAAAGUCCUUUCCAUUGUCUCCCAGUGUGAAGCUCUUUAUCUCUAUGGAGUCAUGUUACUGGUCAUUGAUCAUAAAAUUGAAGGAGAGGUCAGAGAAAGGAUGCUGGUUUCCUACUAUAGAUACAGGUGAGUUCUCAUGCACAUACCCACAAAACACUGUUCAAAACACUCAAGUCAAGUCUUUUUACUUGAUAUAUUUGCUAAGAAUAUUGAGAAAACACUUUUUUCUGCCCGUCUCUCAGCUGUUACAUUGCCCCUCUGUAUAUGUAUACUAUAUAUGCCUGAAAGGUGAAUUGAUGUGGGUGUAUUUUGUCUUCAGUUCACUUAUUGCCUCUUCUUUUCUCCAGUGCUGCUCGUACCUCUGCAGACUCCAACCUGGAUGACAUUUGCAAACUCCUGCGCAGCACUGGUUACUCCAGUCAGCCUGGAGCCAAAAGACCAGCGAACUAUCCAGAGAGCUACUUCAACAGAGUUCCCAUCAGCACAACUUUUAUUAGCAUGGUCAUAGGGAGGCUGCGCUCAGAUGACAUAUACAACCAAGUAAGAGACUAGGCUCAAACAUUGUUCAGAGUUUUUCUUAAUCCAAAAGACACAUUUAGUGUCUCCUGAUCAGAGUUGAGUUUGCUUAUGUCACUGAUUUAAUGUGAAUGUUACAUUUUUAGUGGGUAUCGCUUAUAUCAGAUAUCAAAGGUUGUAUUGAAGAAUGCAUUUCUCCCUCUGCCCAUCAGGUGUCUGCAUAUCCUCUACCAGAGCAUCGUAGCACAGCUCUAGCUAACCAGGCAGCCAUGCUGUAUGUUUGUCUCUACUUUAGCCCCUCUAUACUGCAAACUCAGCAGGCAAAGAUGAGGGAGAUUGUGGACAAGUACUUUCCCGACAACUGGGUGAGACACUUUUUGGUGGAGACACUCUUCACUUGGUGUCCUGCAGGCUUAAUCUCCCCCAACUGUGAUAUGUUGGUUGAAAAUAAGUGAAUCUCAGCUAUUUUGUGAGAUUUAAUUGCAUGCAUUGCGUCAAGUUUUUAUAUUCUGUAACUUGCUUCAACUUAUUUCUUUUGCUAUGAAUGCCAUCCUGAAUGUUUGUGUUUUUUGCUUGCAGGUUAUCAGUAUCUACAUGGGGAUCACAGUGAACCUGGUGGAGGCCUGGGAACCCUACAAAGCUGCGAAAACUGCUCUGAACUACACCCUGGACUCUGCAAACAUCAGAGAGCAGGUAAGGAAAGUUUUGAAUUGGCGUCAAUGUCACACAGCCUUUAGCUCUGUCGAUUUAGAGUCUGUCAGUGUGGCCCUCUGUUGCAUGCAGGUGCGGAUAACUGUGUCUGCAGAAUUUGUAAGUCGUCCAGUCUGACUGCGCAGAAUCUAAAUUCACACACCAGGGGAUUCAUCAAAGGGGGACUUUAGAAAGACCUUUACAAACUCCUCUUGAAAAGUUAAGCGAGAAAUUGGAGUUUAUGGAUGAACAAUAAAGGUUGUUGAAGUCUUUGAGAACAGUGCACUGAUAACAGGGGGAGUCCUUAUUUAACAUGUAUAUUGCUGACUUUGCUAUUCUACCCUGUGGUUACUAGUAAGAAUGAAUAAAUUAAUAAUUCAUUGUUCAAGAUGGGAAACUUUUUACCACAUUUCAGAACUGACAGUGUCCCAUCACUGUGUGUUUAGGCUACUCGGUAUGCAGCCAGCAUGGAGAGCCUGAGGCCUCAGGUGCAGCAGCUGCUCAAGGAAGGUUUCCUCAGAGAGGAGAUCAUCCUGGAUAAUAUUCCCAAACUACUUAACUACCUUAGAGACUGCAAUGUUGCUAUCCGGUGGCUGAUGCUGCACUCUGCAGAGUCAGGUAGGAACAUCAGACAGAUCUUUCCGGUAAAACUGUGUUAUCUUGGGAAAAAUCUAUAAUUUCUCUUUCGUAUGUGACAUGAUUCAUACGAAGCCUCCUUAAAUAGGGAAGAAAAAUCUCUUUUUAUUUAUCACACGAGCUUGAAAGGAGCUUGAAGUAACUUUAGUUGUUAACUAUUUUACAUUUUCUUUAUCAUCCAGCCUAUGAUCCAAACAACAAGCGACUGCGUCAGAUCAAAGACCAGGUUCUCACUGACUCCAAGUACAAGGCCAAGAUCCUCUUCCAGCUCCUGCUCGACACUGCACAGUUUGAGUUCACGCUCAAAGAGGUGAGAGUCUCCUACAGUAAAAGUGAGUAAAGGUUUGAUAUUAAUGCAGGAGCAAUUCCAGAGUGCUGAUUCAGCUUACCGCAUCGAUCACAAGCUGUGUCCACUCUGUUGUCUAUUAGCAUACAGUGAGACGGCAUAUGGCCGGUCUAUCACCAGCAGAGGACACAAAUUUAAUGUUCUCAUUACGUAUCUCGUCUGACUAAUCCUCGCUCAUUGAUUAAGCAUCUGUGCUGUCCCUCCUCCAGAUGUUCAAGCAGAUGCUCUCAGAGAAGCAGAUCAAAUGGGAGAGCUAUAAGAAAGAGGGAUCAGAGAGGAUGACCGAGCUGGCUGAAGUCUUUUCCGGCGUCAAACCUCUCACCAGGGUGGAGAAAAAUGGUGAGUUAUGCUGUUUUGGUGGUUAAGGUGAAGGAUUACAUGCAUGGCAAUGUAGUGGCAGUGAAUACAGAAGCCUCUGCUCUGCAGCAUUUCAUGCUUUGAAUGUCAUGGAUUAUUUCAGUGUUGGAACAAAAACGGCUUAAAUGAGUUGAAGCUGGAAGCUGUUUGGAGAGAAAUGGCGAGGCAGGGAGACAAAAUGUGAAAAAAGCAUCAAGGACACACAUGCAGGGAGAGGCGGAUUAAAUUUACAUCAGUCAUACUUACUUCUGUCACUGCGACUUAAGCUCUCUUGUACAAAGACCCAUUUUUCUAAACCACCACUUGUCGAAACUACUUUGAUAACAUUUUCUCUCCUCUUGUACCACACACCUUUUUUUACUCCUCACAGAGAAUUUACAGGCCUGGUUCAGAGAAAUCUCAAAACAGAUUGAGUCUUUGAACUAUGAGGACUCCACGGCGGCUGGGAGGAAGACAGUCCAGCUCAUCCAGGCUCUUGUUGAGGUGAGCAGGACAAUCAUGUUUAUUAAAGUUUUGCAUUAAAAUGAGGGUGUGGUGAAAUGUUUCCGGGGCCUUUUGACCUUGAAAUUUGACUGUAAUAAAAUGGUGUGUUCAAAUCAUUCAGUCUCUUGACUACAGUUCAAGAGGUUUGCCUUGAGUAUCCUACAUUUACACAGAUUUCCAGAUGAUGACUGAAUCCAGUAACAGUGUUUGCAAACAGAAGCAAAACAAAGCAAAAAUUUAGUACUUUGAAUUGCUUUGAUUAUAGACACAUCAGAAUACAUAAUAGAAAUGUCCUGCUGGCUCAGUGGAUUGUAAUGGCCUCAUUUUCUCCCGUCUAUCUUGACAGUCUGCUGAAAAAUAAGAGAUGAAACAAACAUGAUUCUCAGUGAAAUUGUAAAAGUGGGUUAUGUUUAUUUGUAGAGCCCCUGAUAAAUGCUUCCAAAAUUAACCAGUCUAUUAGUAAAGUUUUCUGCAGCCAGCAUCAAAUUACUCUCAUGAGUUAGCAGCUGUACACAUGCCAGAUGGAGGAUUGUUUCUGUAAUCAGCCAGUCAGUCGAUCUACUAUCAUGAUUACAGAUGUGAAAUUCUAUUCAUGUUUGUUUCCUGUGCUGCUCAGCGUGGCUGUAAAAAAAAAACUGUUUUCUCUUGGUGUACAGGUCCAGGAGUUCCACCAGCUGGAGUCGAACCUGCAGGUGUGUCAGUUCCUGGCUGACACCAGGAAGUUCCUGCACCAAAUGAUCCGCACUAUUAAUAUCAAAGAAGAAGUCCUGAUCACGAUGCAGAUCAUUGGGGACCUGUCCUACGCAUGGCAGAUAAUUGAUAGGUACUUAUUGGGGUAACACUUUAUAUGCAGCCACCUCUUAUAAUGCAUCAUAAGCACAUUUAUGAAGACGUAUAAAUACAUCUAUACAGGUUUAUAAUAACCCUGAGUGUUAACCAAACCUAGAAUACAAAAGACGCUGAUAGAUAGAUAGAUAGAUAGAUGGAUGGAUGGGAAAUUGUCUUCUUACAGCAUCAAAGGGAAAAUACAAAUAACAUUAAAUAUAACAACAGGUAAGUAAGAUUGUGCUUUAGCAUCAAGGCAUAAUGUUUAUUAAGCCAUACCUCUACCAGACAGUAUGAUCACGAUGGUUUUUGGUAAACAUUAAAGCUCCUGAUAGGAUUUUUUUGUCAGAUGACACUACUGAAGCAAGUAGAAGACAACAUAAGUAAAGACUUUUUUGUCCACCGGGGGUGCCAAAGUUGAUGCAAACAGAAAGGUCCUUAUAGGAGCUUCAAAGCCAUAUAAAAUCCAGAUUAAAAAGAGGACUGUAAAGCAGUUGUAGGUAAAACUGACAUGAAUCUUUGAUAUAAGAAGGGUUACACACAUUUCAUAAACACCACACUGGGGAUUUUUUCCUCACUCAACUGUAGUAAAUAUCGUGAUAACUCCUCAGUAGUCGAUAGAUUUGACGUGUUAUGAGUUUAGUCUUCCAACGACGGUGAGACAGUCUGCUCAGGUUUAUAUGAAUGAUCAAGAGGACAUCAGUGCUGCUGCUGUUGUGACUUCUCUCUUCAAUUUUUUAUCUCUCAAUGGCAGAUUUACCCUUUUAUUUACUGGCUUACUUUUUACUCUGCAGCUUCACAUCCAUUAUGCAGGAGAGCAUCAGAGUCAACCCGUCAAUGGUUACUAAACUGAGAGCUACAUUUCUAAAGGUGAGAAUGCUCAUUCCUGUCUUACAUGCACACUUACACAGAGACUGAAAACAACAAAUAGUUUCCGUACAUUGUCUUUGUGUCAGAGGUUUGUUUCCUGAAAUGUUUAGUUUAUUUUGAUCACGUGUUUGCAGCUGGCAUCUGCUUUGGACCUUCCUUUGCUGCGGAUCAAUCAGGCCAACAGCGCUGAUCUGCUGAGCGUGUCACAGUUCUACUCUGGGGAGCUGGUGGCGUAUGUCAGGAAGGUACAGUGUAUCAAAGUCACCUUUCCACCCAUCAUCUGUGUAUCUAAGUGGCUGAAGAAGACACAUUCUUAGAUGUUUAUUGUAAAACCUACAAAUGAUCAUGGUUUUAAAGUGGUUUUACAACUUUAAGAAAUGAGUUCUGCAUGCUGUAAAUUAUUGUUGGAUAAGUGCAGCAACAGCUGUGGUCGUGAUUAAUGUCUCUGCAACCAUCUGUUCAGAAAAUUUCCCCAGAAAACAGCUACUUAGUGGACGUGUACCUUAAGAUCUUAUUACCUUCUGGUUUCAUCAGCUACUUGCUGCGUUACUUCAUGCCAGAGGAUUUGCUUCUCGUAGUCGUACACAUGCUUCCCCCUCACAGCAUCAUGUACCAUCUGCUUCUGACGACUAAUCUCAAAUCUCUGGUCUUUACAAGAACCCUAAAACAUAACGUAGAUUCAUGUUAGAGCUCAGUUUUGGUGAUAUUCUCUUAUUUUCAGGUGCUGCAGAUCAUCCCUGAAAGCAUGUUCACCUCCCUGGCCAAGAUCAUCAAGCUGCAGAUCCACGAUAUCAUGGAGGUGCCCACACGGCUCGACAAGGACAAGCUGAAGGACUACUCUCAACUUGGAGCUCGCUAUGAAGUAAAGCAACUGCCGUGGUCGGAAAAGCUGUCAUGACAAAAUGCAUUUAGCUGGAAUGUGUUCAGAGUGUCACUGAAGUAAUGAAAAAAUUCCUCAGGUAUCGAAUGAAAUUAAAAGCAGAAACAGAAGCCCUGUGUUUACACCUUGUGAUCAGAGGCAACCGCACAAGCAGGCAUCUCUGAACAUUUUUCAAUCUUGCAACUUUUGAUGUGUUGCACAAAUGAGAAAAGAAAGAUCAAUGUGGAAACAGAUGGUACCAGCAGAGACUUAGUUGAAUUAAAUUAAUUAGAAGUUGUCAGGCUGGUAUUGAAAAAGCAUACUCUGAAAUGAAGUCUGUUGCAUUCAAUUUAAAUAUGAAUGAGUUCAGCUAUUGAUUUGAUUUUCAGUUUUACUUAAAAACAAAACAAAGUGGCAAAUGUUAAAAAUAUGUCUGCUGAAAUCUAUUUAUCUUGAUACACAGUGAUGUCUCAGCACUCUCAGCUUCCUCUAACACCUGCAUGUUUCCUUGUUACCGUUUGUCCGUGGUAAACAGUAUCUGUCACUGACGCGCCCUAACAAUUCUUCUUCUUUAUGUGGUUACAGGUUGCCAAACUCCCCCACGACAUCUCCAUUUUCACUGAGGGGAUCCUGAUGAUGAAGACCACUCUAGUUGGAAUCAUAAAAGUAAACAGUGUUGUAUAUAUGAUUGUGAACUUUCAGAGUUUUUAAAACAGCCAUAGUGCAGUUAGCAGAUUUGACUUUACUGACACUUACGUGGUCUUUAGGUGGAUCCCAAGCAGCUUCUGGAGGACGGCAUCAGGAAAGAACUGGUCAAGAGGGUGGCCUAUGCUCUGCACAAAGGACUGAUCUUCAACCCCAAGGCUAAGGUCAGAUAUCAGACGUGCCGUAUACUGAUCACCGCAUGUCUUUAUUUUUAUAUUUCAGAGUGCAUUAUCAGCCAACAAAAUUUUCCACAGGAUAACUCUAUAAUCACAGGGUUUGUCCACCAUAUCUCUCAUCAUAUCUCGUCUAAUAAAUAUCUUGUAAAUAAAGUUGAUUGAUUGAUUGAUCUCAUGUCUAAUUCUUUAAAAAAAAAUUUAUUGUCAAAGUCCUCCAGCUGUAAAACUUGAUACAUGACAAGCUGAGACUUAAGAAUCUUCUACACUCUUAGCCCAGUGAGCUGAUGCCGAAGCUAAAAGAGAUGGCAGCCACCAUGGACGGCUUCUACAGGUCAUUUGAGUACAUCCAGGACUACGUCAGCAUUUACGGCCUUAAAAUCUGGCAGGAGGAAGUGUCGCGCAUUAUCAACUACAACGUAGAACAGGAGUGUAACAGCUUCCUCAGGGCCAAGGUCAGGAUCAACACUGCAACAUGUGUCUCACUGUUUCGGAUCACUUUGAAGCUUUUUACAACUCUGUCAGAAAAUACAACCAACUACAGGAUACUAAUUGACUUUACUUCUUUUAAAAUCAGAUCCAGGACUGGCAGAGUGUGCACCAGUCCACCCACAUCCCCAUUCCAAAGUUUCCAUCUGUGGAUGAAUCUGCCACUUUCAUUGGUCGUCUGUGCAGAGAGAUUCUAAGAAUCACUGAUCCAAAGUAUGUUUCAUAGAGGGUAGAUGAAAUAGAGGACUUACCUCAUCAGAGGAAAGAUCUUAGAGAUCUCAUGAUAUCUUGCAGUUUUUAGAGGCUCUCUGACAGACAGUGGUUCUCUCUCUCUUUAGGAUUACAUGUUACUUCGAUCAGAUGAACACCUGGUACGACUUGAAGAGCCACCAAGAAGUCACAAACAACCGACUGUUCUCUGAGAUCCAGAACACUCUGGGUACAUUUGGCCUCAAUGGACUGGACCGCCUGCUCUGCUUCAUGAUUGUUAAGGAACUCCAGGUAAUAACCAUACAUUACAAGUUCACAGGAAUGGCUGUUUGUAGGUCUUUGAGGGCUUUUAGGGUAUUUGAAGCACACAUGAUAUGCACACUUGAAUGUAUUUACACUCUGUGCGACCUGUUUCUCUCUUCAGAACUUUCUGACAAUGCUUCAGAAGACCAUCCUGAAAGACAGAACUGUGGUGGAUGUUUUUAAAGCCAUGCUGAUGGCUGCCAAUCCAGUGCAGGGCAUUGUGGGUGGGUAUUUUGAUCAUUUUCUUGGUAUCCUGAUGCCUUUCUUGUUGCUUAAGCUUUUAAAGCCAGUCUGUUUAAUUUUGCUGCACAUUACAAUUCAGAUUUUUUAAAAGUGCCCUGUGAAUAAAUUUAUUCAUCAGAACAUCUCAGAACCAACCUCUGUCUUUUUAUUUUUCUAUUCCUUGAGAAGAAUGCAUUUGUUUUUUCUGCAACAGGCAAUGCCAGCAAAGUGUAUGCCAGUGCUGUCGCUAAAACACAGAAGAUCUGGAGUUCGUAUCUGGAGGCCAUCAUGAAAGUAAGAGUCUCUGAUGCUGUAAAAGGCACGAAUAAUUAUAAACAUUUACUGAUGUGUCUGUGUACUUUGUAUUCUUGGAAUAGGAGCUCAAAUUGUGUUUGCAUACUUUAAUCCGUCUCUAAAUUUGCUCCUCCCUGUCUUGUGUCUUUUCAAACAGCAUUCCCAUGCCAACCAUCUGUUAAAGAUAACAAAGACUUGAUGCUAUAAAGACAAUUUUGAAUUAAUGUGUUUGCUUUAGGUUGGUCAGAUGCAGAUUCUGAGACAGCAGAUUGCAAAUGAGCUGAACUACUCCUGCAAGUUUGACUCCAAACAUCUUGCUGCUGCCCUUGAGAACCUGAACAAGUCAGUGCAGCAUCACCAGCUCAGAACAUACAUAACAAAUAUGACUAUGUUGCUUUGUUUGUUUCAGUACCUUAAAAGGAAUGUACUCAGUCUGUACAUGUUGUUCUAAAACAUUGUUCAUUAUUGCUUUUGGACUCAGAAUGCAUGUAAAGAAUGUAAGACUGUUUUAUAGUUGAACGAUAACAAUUUCUUAUGCAAGGUGGAGAUUUUAAGUGUAUUACGGAGUUUAAUGGUGCAGCCUUUGGUGUCUGUUUAAGAAGGGCGCGUCUAUAAAGAAAUUAAAGCGUGAGAAAAACUUUUUACCCCAAUUCAAAAUGAUCUUGCCAUCUCUUUACAGGUCACUGCUGGCAGAUAUUGAGGCUCACUACCAGGACCCAUCCCUUCCCUACCCUAAGGAGGACAACACUCUUCUGUAUGACAUCACUGCCCACUUGGAGGCUGCUGGCAUUCACAACCCACUCAACAAGGUCUGGAGAUGUACAGUGCUUUCUUCUGCUUCCAAGAAAAAACUGGAUUUUAAUUAUUAGUAAUGAUUUCACUUCUGUCUAAUAUCUCGUUUGUGCUGUUGUAGAUUGCAGGAUGAAGUGACCCCUUUUCUUUAUGUCUUUCACAGAUCUACAUCACAACAAAGCGGCUACCUUACUUCCCCAUCAUAAACUUCCUUUUUAUUACCGCUCAGCUGCCUAAACUUCAGUACAGCAAAAACCAAGGCAAGUCUUUUGAGCUACUAUAGAAUAUCUCCACUGCUCUUGUCAAUGCAGUGAUAAUUGUGUUAAACACAUUAAGGAGGUUGUUUUCUGUGUAAUACAGCAUACUUGGAUGAUUGCUGAUUUUAGUGUGUUUUAAAUCAAGGUUGCUCUGUUAAAACAUCACAUCAUCACAAACAUUUUUUUGCUUUAGUAAUUGAACGUAUAAUUGAACCUCCCAGACCUAAUUUUAAGCCAAUCAUGAACUUGCUUUUAGAAUUGGGUAAGCUUCAUAUCAUUUCUAGUAUUAAAGGCACAUUAUUUUAAGAAGUGUUGGAAACUGCCUUGAUCACGAGGGUUUAAAGCACAUUCAGCACCCCAUGUUUUUGGUAUAAAGGAGUUGUUUGUAUCUAAUAGAUUUUUUUUCAGUGUGUAUAUAACAUCCUGUAUGUGUGAAGCCUCUUCCACUCAUAAAUGACAAUGUUUUUCCAGGAAUGACGUGCAGGAAAACCACAGAUCCUGUCGACUGGCCUCCACUCGUCCUAGGCCUGCUCACCCUGCUCAAGCAGUUCCACUCCAGAUACACACAGCAGUUCUUGGCUCUGAUUGGUCAGUUUAUACGCUCCAUCAUGGAGCAGUGCACAAGGUAACAGCACCUGUAAAAUCUCUGCUACUUUAUAAAUAACUGGAAGAAUCAUGUAUUCAAGUAUGUCUCUCUCUUUCUAGUCCUUGAAUACAUUGUCUUUCUGACUGCUUCACUGCUAUUUUUUAAUUUGUCCUGUCAUAACUUGAUGAACUCAUGGUUGAGUCUCUUUGUGAUCCCAUCUCAGUCAGAAGAUCCCUGACAUGCCCUCAGAUGUGGUGGGGGCUCUGAUGUUCCUCGAAGACUAUGUGAAGUACACAAAACUUUCACGCAAGGUAGUUAAUCGAUUGACCAUUUGACUUUGUCUGUCUGAAUGAAAUGAAAUAAUAGAUCUUCCACUCAUUUAUAUACAUAUGGUGUUUUGUAUUUUUUACUUUCUGUACUCUGAGACACUAAUGUGCAUUUUCCUUAUUUGUUGUGCUCUUCAGGUGGUGGAAGCCCAUGUGCCCAGUUUCAUAUUUGAUGAGUUCAGAACCGUACUGUGAGGAUCUGACUGAAGGGUUUCAUCUGGAAAUGAUGCUUUGCUGCCAUAAUGUUUUUUUUUUUGUUUUUUUUAACAAAAGACAUUUCAAAUUAAGAAAUAGUAGUAAACACCAUUUACUAACGUAAUCAAUCAUUAACAUGAUUAGUGCUGCAACAGUUGCUGUCUUCUAUUCAAGAGUCCCAGAAGGUCAUAACAGUGUAAGUGACUCUGAAAGCAUAAACCACAACACUGAAAGUGGAGCAGCCAAAUGGAGUUUACCUUACGUGGAGUUUAUGACUUACAUCACCCAUGUCUGUCUUGUUAGAUGGUCUGUUGAAAUGUUUACUAAAGCCUACUCAUUUCAUUGACUGAUAUUGUCUUAAUGCACUAACAAUAGAUUGAAUGUAGAAACAAAAUUGAAUUGUUCAAUACCACUUGCCAAUUUUUUAACAUUAUAACUUUGUGCCAUUUCCAAAUAAAAAUCAUUCAUAAGA